AUUGCUUCGCAUUGACAGAAGUACGAGUGCGCAUGGUCCUUGGCUCCGAGGGAAGUUGGUGCGCACUUUUACGCACUGCCCUGCCUCGUCUCCACGGAGGAUGUGAGCUCGUCUACACGUGGUGGUUAACAAUAAAAAGGGAGAAAAGAUGCACGCCACUGAGUUGCUGCUGCUGGCUUAUUUCCUCGCCAAAGUGGCCGCGGAAGGCGAACCCCCGGAGCGCACGGCAGACGAGCUGCUGCUGGUAAACGGAUACAACGAGUCGGCGGGAGCCACGACGAGCAGCGCCACAGAGAGCCCGCACAUGGAGGACAAGUGCAGCGGCUACUACGACGUCAUGGGCCAGUGGGACCCGCCGUUCGUGUGCCAGACGGGCAACUACCUGUACUGCUGCGGCACCUGCGGGUUCCGCUUCUGCUGCGCCUUCCGCAGCUCCCGCCUGGACCAGACCACCUGCAAGAACUACGACACGCCACCGUGGAUGAUGACUGGCAGGCCGCCGUCCAAAGUGGACGUGGCGACGGACAACGUCAAGGACAAGAACAACCUCAUCGUUUAUGUCAUCUGCGGGCUGGUGGCCAUCAUGGCUCUGAUCGGCAUCUUCACCAAGCUGGGGCUGGAGAAGACGCAGCGUCCAAACAGAGAGAACAUGUCCAGAGCUAUGGCACAAGUGAUUCGGCAUCCCACUUCGGAACAUACGGAUGAGAUGAGCUUGGGCCUCCAUUAUGAGAACAUACAAACCAGAAUGGCCAUCAACAGCUUCCACAGCCCCCAGAUGAACAACGCAACGCCAGCAUCGCCUGUGCUAACAGAACCGUACACAAUCCUGGAACCGAUCAGCAGCCCUUACGAGCCCCAACCGUCCAUCCAGGACCUCAACAAGUAUGCCACGCUCAAGGCUGUCGCAGAAAAAGCCAAUGAAAGCUUCUACACCAACCGCCGGCACGUGAUCGAGAUGACAGCCAAGGGCAGCCUCCCAAUGGAACCUAUGGACACCGAGUCAGAACCCUGCAAUCCCUACAGCCCACUCAGACAGACGUCGACCAAGCAGGGUGGACGCAAACACAAGAGUCCUAAGAGCCACAGUUCCCACUCGCUGUCUUACGCCUGCGCCACUUUAGCCAGCCCGGCGGCCAUGUUGAGGCCGUGGGAAAGCAAUGACACGCUGGGACUGAGGCACAACUAUGGCCAAAAGACACUCUCCGUCGUGGAAAAGGAGCUUCACAGCAGUCGCUACCUGCCUCCGCAGCCAUACUUUGUGACCAACAGCAAGACAGAGGUGACGGUGUGACAGGAACGGUUGAAAACAAAUGUGUGCGUUGGUGUCUAAUAUGACUAUGGGAGGGGUAAACAUGCACUUGUGUGCAUGAUACGGACGAGGAGGUCUUGGAUCGCCGUUCCUGCACAACAGAGUUCAAAUAUCGCUAUACAUAUGCGUAUUAUCCAAUAAUAUCAAAACACAAAUGCCAACUAAACCAUAUAAACACAAAGCACUUUUUACUAAUUAAUCAUAAAGGAAACACAAAGAGCACAGACAAUCAGCACCAGGGAUGGGCAAAAUAGUUGAUUGAUGGUUAAGAAUAAUGCUGAUUGAAUUAAUUCUUGAUUUAUCGUGUCUUGAAGCAAUAGCUGCAAAGAAAUGGAGUGCACUACUUGGCUGCAACCAGCAGGGGCGCCGUUGCUGAUUCAGUCUAAACUAGUCUGCUGUCUUAAGGCUGAGUACAUGCAUACUUGCCAACCCUCCCGAUUUUCCCGGGAGACUCCCGGAUUUCAGUGCCCUUCCCGAAUAUCUCCCGGGGCAACCAUUCUCCCGAAU